AUGACCUGGGAUAACUGGGAGAAUUUUGUGGCACAAUUUGACAAAGCAGAAUCUGUUCUAGUCAUCAGGGUACAGCUCAAUCGGCUUGAAAUAUGUGACACGCAAAACCAGUUCUCUAGAACUGGUCUUCCGAAAAAGCGAUCAGAUAAUAAGAUUAUUGACAUGGACGGUUUUGUAUUUAUAAAUGAAAAGUGGCACAUUAAUUCUGACAAAAUUACUACAAGUAUUAUCAAUGAGCAAUUCAAAGCAGAAGAUAUCAAUGAGUUAUCAGAUGACACCCUUAUAAUUACAAGAGAUAAUUUCGAGCAAUAUUUUGGUCCGGUACUUGCUUCUCGAUUGGCAUUUAGUAUUAUGGGUGAACUCAAUAUAAAUACUGCAACUUCUCAACGGAUUUCCAACCUGAUUCAUUGGGUCAGAAGUAUCGCAUCUACAGAAUUAUGCAAGAAACGACCAUAUUAUGAUGUUGAUGAUCUUAUUGAAAAGAACGAACGAUAUAAAAAUCAACUAAAAAGGCCCAAUCAGGGUUGGAAAAGUUUUGCACCAAGACAUAUGAAAUGUCCGAAAUUUAAUUCUAAGCUAGAACCUUCCAAAAAAAUAUACACUGUGGAAGUUACAUAUGAUGUUCGUUCGUACCUCCAAUUAGUUUUAGGUUAUGAAAAACCGUGA